AGCACAAUUAUACCAGUUUUCUUAACUAUCACAUGACGUCAAAAUGGCUGAAGGAGAUUUAGGGAAAUCUGAAUCUGAUCAAAAUGACAAACAUGACGAUACAAACGAUCCUAUAGCAGAAUUAGAAGAAAUGAGCUUAAACCCUCAUGCAGACAUUGAAUGUUUAGUAGAAGAUGCAACAAAUGAAUAUGAACAUCUAAACAACACACUGGAUGAACUUGACUCAUGGAUGACCAAUAUAGAAAGUAAAAAUGAUUCACUGUACUCUCAACUACAAGAAUUGCUGCAAUCUAGCAGAGAAACACGAUUAGAAUUACAACAAUUAAAUGGAUCUCAGGAAAAGAAUUUAGAUUCCAAUGCUGAGGACAAGGCUAAAUCUUGAUAAAUCAUCAACCAUAGAAUUUAAACUUUAUACAGCACCUCUGCUAGAAUUAGUUAUUGUCAGUAGUUAUUGAUAUUCAGAAUGUAUUAUUCAGGGGAAGGGGAAAAAAACUGAUGGUGGGUUAUUCCUAAGAAUAUUAUCUAACUUGCAGUCUGAUUUGAGAUCACAGUAAUUUAAAAACAAAAACAAAUGUAUGAAAUAUACAAUUAUUUGGAAUUAAUUUCAUAUAGGUAAAAAAUAAAACAGCUGAAAAAUCAGAUGAGAAGUUAAAAAAAAAUCAUUCCAAUUUACUGCAAUGUUAAUUGUGCAAAAAUGUGCAAAAGACAUACGUGACCAAGUCUGUUAUGUGUACUUUUAUUUGUGUACUUUUAUUUUUGACUAUUAUUUUGUUUGCACAAGAGCAGUGUAAUUUUUUAGUUAUUCAAAUUUACUAUAGUUUUGUAAUUUAAAUGUUGAAGUUUCUUUAAAAACUAAAACCAUA